AUGCCCGCCAUCAAGCAGGAACCACCCUCCUCCCCCCCGCACGUCAGCCCCUACUCCCUCCGCCUGCGGCGCAAGCCCGCCUACCCUCGCUCUGCGCUCUCCUGGCUCCCCGAACACAGCGGGGGCCAUCUGUCUGAGCUGCCGCAAGCCGGGCGCGUCCCGAAGGGGCCCUCCACAACGUUUACCGCACCGUUCCGCACGGUCAAGGAGGAGGUCACGAUCCUCGAAGACCCGCUUGCGCCGAACUACUCCGAGGAUGAUCAGAUGACGCUCGAAGAGGCACGCUUCACCGUCCAGGAGGCGGAGGUGACGGCAGAGCUGGUCAAAGAGAUAGGGUUGUUUCCGCUGCAGAAGAAGAAGCACGGACGCAAGAACGCUGCUCGGGCAAGGAGCGUGCUGGAGCGGCUGGAGCGGAUGGAGGCGUGUGUUCAGUCAUGGAGAGAGCAGGGGGGACAUUCAAGUGGUGAUCUAGAGACUGCGAGGAUGGUUUCGAAGGAGGUGGGGAUGUGGAGGCAGGCGUUGGAGACUUGUGGAUGGGAGAGGUGGGACGUGAGCGAUAACGAGUAUCAGCGCCGGGGAAGGGUUGCCCUAGAGGAGCUACUGGGGGAGGUCAGGUUGGUUAAAGAGAUAUUGCAGGCGGGGGCGCAGGGCAGGAAGGGAGAAGCGGAGGAGAAGGUGAGGGCCUUGGCGAAAAAGUACUUGCAAGUGUUCCAUCUGCUGGCGUGUGGGUCUGGACUGGACGGCACCCAGGGAGUCGAGAUGGAGGUGAUCAGGGGGCAGAUGGCCAUGUUGCGAACGGGGACAGGGAGAACGGCGGAGGACAUCCUUGCGCAGGAGGCGGCGUUCUUGUGCAGUGGAAUCAUUAAUGGCCCUGGGGGGGGUGAAAAAGGAAGAACUGUGAGUGAGUGCUGUUGA